CCCUUCUCACUACAAGAAAAAACACGAAUUGGCUGUUUUCUGCAAGAUUACUACAUACAGGAUGAGUCCAGUAAACAGACCUAAAGCUUUGAGCAUUUUUCACUAAAAUGGGGAUUAAGCAAGACUAUUCAAGUUAAAAAUGCCUGUUCUAGAAAAUUAAGAUUUGAUCAUUGCUAGAAUGAAAACUUGGCUCCUAUUGACAACCGGACUGUUCCAUCUGUCCUCCUGUUUGUGCCGGAAAGAAAACAGAUGUGGCAACAUCAGCUUGAAAUUUCAACAUAAAUCACACCCCAUUAAGACUUUCUAUGGCACUCCACAAGACACGUAUGAGCCGAUACCUAUUUCUGUCAUAGAUGGGCUGACAAACUCCAAUCACAAAAAAGAAAAGUGUCCUAUGGAGAAAUCCAAUGUCUCAUCACUGAAAGUAAAUAAUAUCACCAUGGAAUACUUUACUAGCGCAUUGAGUGUGAAGAUGUUACCAGCUAUAUACAUAGCUGUUGUCUUAAUAGGAAUACCAGCCAAUGCCGUUAUACUGUGGAUGCUAUUUUUCAGAAUCAGAUCUGUCCGUACUGCUGUAUUCUACACAAAUUUGGCUAUUUCAGAUUUCCUUUUCUGUAUAAUGCUACCAUUCAAAAUUACAUAUCACCUGAGUGGCAAUAACUGGAUAUUUGGAGAAGCAAUGUGUCGAAUCAUGACUGCCGUCUUCUAUGGAAAUACGUAUUGCUCCACCCUGCUUCUCACUUGUAUCAGCAUCAGCCGUUACAUGGCCAUUGUUCACCCAUUUAUCUUCAGGACUCUGCCUAAGCAAUUCUUAGCUACUUUAACUUGUGGGAUAGUGUGGACAGUUGUUUUUUUAUACAUGUUGCCUCUGAUAAUAAUGAAACAAAGCUAUCAUCUGGACCAGCUAAACAUCGUUACCUGCCAUGAUGUUUUUAAUGUUUGUGAAACCAUGCUCCCUUUCCAACACUACUACUUCAUCUUUCUUGCGGUAUUUGGAUUCAUGAUUCCCCUCUGCAUUGUUAUUUUUUGUUACAUUUCAAUUAUUCAAACACUCAAGGCUUAUGAGCAAAAGUGGUUUUGGUACAUCAAAGUCACUCUUCUUAUCCUCAGCAUUUUUGCUAUUUGUUAUACUCCCAGCAAUGUUAUACUGAUUGCUCAUCAUCUGAAUUAUUAUUAUAGUUCUAAAGAUAAUUUAUAUUUCUUUUAUCUGAUUGCUUUAUGUCUAAGUAGCCUGAAUAGUUGUCUCGAUCCAUUCCUCUAUUUCCUGAUGUCCAAAAUCAGUGACAACACCAAGACUUAUCUCACCAUGGUUAAAAUAGCUCAGGAAGAACAAACAUGACAAACAUCUACUGUGAUACUUGAAAAAGUUGCACAUACGUAACUUUUUGACAAAAUCAACUAUUUAAGACUUCUAGUUUUAUAAUGUCAAAAGUCAAAUUAUAUGCAAAUACUUAAAGCUAUUUGUAAUUAUACUGCUGAGGAAAAUGUUUAACAGGGUUAAAAGUUACACACUUUUUAUUUGUUUUGCUCCUGUUUUGGUUGUAGCACAUCUUCCUAAUAAUUCAUAAAUGUUCUCAUAAUUGAGAACAAAAAAUAAACCUGGACUUUCUCUGUAGCAGUCAGUGAUUCUUUAAAUUUAAGCAGUGUUAUAUUUCUAACAAAUCUCAAAAAGGUAACUACAUAAGGUUUAAUGUUUAGUUUUAAUGAUUAUUUGGCUAAAUCUGAAUGCUGUUGUC